AUGAUAGCAGUGUUUAAUGCGUACGAGUCCCGUGUGGCCCAGCUCAAGACCAGCUCAAAUCCGUUUGAGGAGGACGUGGCCUGGGUUGAGAGUGAGCUCGUGCCCCUGAACGAAGCGAGAUAUCCAAAAUUGGACGAGGGUUUCAAGCAUAGCGAUGUGACAUACGACGUGCCGGCAGUCUGGGAUAGCCGGCUCUUACGACUGGAUAAUCAACAGGACCGGCUCGAGCGCAGCCUAGACAAGAUGCGACUGCGCUGGCCCCUGCCACGGAAAGAGGUUCGAGAAACACUGGUUGACAUGAUCCGAAAGAGCGGCAUACGUGACGUGUAUGUGGAAAGCAUUGUGGCACGAGGACUGCGCGUUAUUAAGCCGUACGUCCGGGUCAUGCCGCUAGAGAUGCAGCUGGCUGCCAGCGGCCCGGCCAUGAUCACUCGCUUAAACGUUGCCAUCAUCAAGGCCAGCGAGUUACGCCCGCUAGACCGUAACGGGCUUGAGGAUGUCACGCGUAAGAGCGUAGUCAACCUGGCCGCAUUACUCGGCCGCGAGAUGCAUAUUGAGACCGUGCCUGUCGAGGAUGUCUGCAAUUGCGACGAAAUAUUUACGUGUACUACCGCUGGUAGUAAACACGCCCAUCUGGGAUACGUACUGGAAGCUGCAUCAGGAUGA